CGAUGUGCAAAGUUCCGCGAACCACAAUCUCUUCGCUCUCUGGCGACAACGUAUAGAUAGUCUAUGCACCCAGCAUGGAAAUCUACAUGACCGAGAAUAUGCAUCAAUGAAUGUGGAAAAAGGACUUGAAGUUCCUGUGUUUUCUAUGAGAGCCCCAGAGGACACUUGCUAUUUCCUAUGCCCUCCUACAUCACUCGACUACCUUGAGAGGUAGUCUCCUCCGCCAUCUAUCUUUGUUGGCGCUGCUAUGUGAACUCAUCUUUAUGUUUACAUUAAGUAACUCCAUCAGCUAUAAGCGGCAACCAUUCAAAAAAAUCAUACACUAUGCAAUUAACCCUCCUUCCCUCUAAGCUCCAAGCACACAUUGUGUCUGGCUUAAAUAAUCGUGAUAAGAAGAGUCUUCGUCUAACAUGCAGGACCCUCCGCGACAGAUCUCCCCUGCGUAUUGAUAGGGUAUUCCUAUCCGCCAACGUGCGCAACGUCGAGGUUUUCCGUGCCAUUGCCGACCAUGAGAUAUUCCGCAAAGGCGUGACCGAAGUCAUUUGGGACGACGCGCUGCUGGCUGAAAGCAAUGAACAGUAUGAGGAUGAGUUUUAUUGUGAGGGCGAGGACCUGCCCGAUUGCGACGAAACAUGCCCUGUCUGGUUUCUGUGGGCAUGCAGGGAGAACCUUUCGUGGCUCACUAGUCGCAAGGGCAACGAUGUUGACGAUCUUCCUCAGCACCUAGAGAGGGCAAAACAGAUGGAAGCGCAGAUACCACUGAAUGUGUCGUAUGCAUACUACCAGGGGCUUUUGAUGCAGCAGGAAAGCGUCUUGUCGACGCAAGCCGAUAUCGAGGCUCUCAAAUACGGUAUAACUCGUUUUCCAGCCCUGAAACGAAUCACGAUCACGCCAGCGGCCCACGGGGCUUUGUAUACACCGUUAUACGAAACCCCUAUGAUUCACGCAUUCCCAUACGGCUUUAACUACCUCAUUCCACGGGCCUGGCCAACCGUUGAGCCCGGCUUCUCGCCAUGCGAAGCGCCUCCUUGGGACACCGAGGCCGAGAAAAACAAAUGGCGUGGAUUCCGCAUCGUGUUGCGCACCUUGGCUAAGCAAGAGCACCACAUUUCAGAGUUCAUUUUGGAUGUGAAUGGGCUCUGCACUGGGCUCAACUGCCACGUUUUCGACGAGCCGUGCGAAGAAUACGAAGAUCUUGUCGCCCUCCUGCGAAAGCCGGAUUUUAAUCGCAUCGAUCUCGGUCUUCUUGUCAGCACGCAGCAGGACGAGGGAUGGCCAAGUUUCCGCUCCGGUCAUCUUAAACACGCCUUGGGCGAGGCAAAAGACCUGCAGCAUGUAAGCCUGUGCACGGAUUUGGGUGCCAACCAGGAAGUUGACGUCCCAGAAGAGGAAAGCGACGUAAUACCACUUCGUACUAUAUUCCCCAUCAAUAGGUGGCAACAGCUUCAACAUUUAGGGAUUUCAGGCUUCGUGGUACGUCAGGAUGACUUGAUAUCCUUGCUUGCCGCAUUGCCGGCCUCUUUACUCUCUGUAGAACUGAGUUUUUUGCAUUUUUACGGCGAUGGCAACUACAGGAACUUGCUCUGUGACAUGCGCGACAAAUUAGGCUGGCGUGACCGCACGGCAUCUGAAAGACCAAAGGUCAUCAUUGGCGGGGGCGGGGGAGGGUUGGUGGCGGUUCAUGUUGGUCGUGCUACGUGGGUUGGGGAUGAGGUGUCGGGGUUUCUCUAUGGCGACGGUCUGAAUCCAUUCGGUCGCGAAGGCGAUAGUUUCAGCCCAAAUCAGAUUCGUUUGGGUUUUGGUGUCGAGCGAGAUGAGUUUGAACCAGGUUUUGAGCGACCUUGGGCACAGUACGAUGAAUUACAGAGACUAGGGUAUUACCCAGAUGUCCGACUUCAGUACGAGGAAUGGAAAAAAUCUCUCAGUGAUGACCUAUCGACAUGAAAAUGGUUUUGCAAGGGAGGAACAAGGCUGCAUGCGCAUGAUCUCUGAGUUGAGUUCAAUGAUAUUUAGUUACAUUUAAUACGAAAAUAUAGGCCUAACGGUCGUCUGCCUGGUCUAAAAUGGCAUCAAAUGACUCCAGAGAAGUUUCAGCAACAGUUCACCUGCGCCUAGAUCCCUAAUCAUAUCUCACUCCGAUGAAGUUCCCAUUUUGUAGCCGUAGCCGCCACUGACAGGAACUGCAUGC